GCCAUCCCACUCAUAACGUAGAAACCAGUUGUUUUGUUGCUUUUCUGUUGAGACUGAGAGGACGUACACGUUGUCCAUUCUUAUAAUUCAAAAUGAGCAAUCUGGCGAGAAUGUCACCCUUGCAGUUUGUCCAUGUUUUGGACUUGAAUAAAAACCUGAUGCGGUUGGAAGUUGGUCCUCAAACUCUGCUCCUGAAGACUAAUGAAAAGCUAAUCACUGGGCCAAUGCCCAUGAUUGUCAUUCCUCCAGGGUCUUAUUGUGAAAUCAGUGACCCAGUGAAAGCUUAUGUUCAUGGAGAAAAGUGUGAGCUUUUACUAGGUCAGACGAAGAUCAAAUUCCAUGGCAAACCUUUCCCACUCUAUCCUGGUGAGUGGCUGAAAGCUGCUCCUGAUUUUGCUCGGGGGUUAACAAACUAUAGCGCAGCGGUCAAAAGCCUACCAGUUGUCCCUGAAAACCAUGGGAUCAGACUACGGGCCAUUUUGGAUCAUGACGACAGUGGGACUUUCAGAAAUGCAGGAGACAUAUGGCAGCUGAAAGGCCCCAUGACCUACAAACCAAGACCUGAAGUGGCUAUUGAGGGGAUUGAUGCCCCCAAAAUCAUUAAAAAGGGACAAGUUUUGAAGCUGAAAGCUACCCAAGGAACGAUUGAUGCGUCUGGAAAGCAGAGAGUGACAGGAGAGGAGUGGCUUGUCAAGGAGCCAGGAGCUUACCUACCAGGUGUUUUUGAAGAGCCUGUUAUUUUGGACAAAGUGGUUACCUUAACCCAUGAUACAGCAUUACACUUGAAAGCAACCCAAAACAUUGUUGACCUGCUUGGUAAGCCCAGGAAAACAGGAGAUGAGUGGUUACUGACAAGUGCCUCCUCACCAGAGUACUCCACCCAGAUUGGUGUGGAAGUAGUGGCCACCUUGAAGAUAACUGUGGUGAAGAAAGGCCAGUAUGCUGUUGUCUUGAACCCAGUGGACAAGGAUGGAAAACCUCAACUGGGAAAACGAGUUCUCAAGGUUGGGCUGUGCAGAUUUUUUUUGCAUCCAGGUGAAAAACUUGAAUUUGGCAAGAUCCAAGAUGCAAGAGUGCUGUCUGAGGAUGAUUCUGUUGUCCUUCAAGCUUUGGACAAAUUUAUUGAUACUGUGGGUGAAGCAAAAGUGAAGCGUGAACCAGGUGACAAAUGGCUCAUCAAAGGCCCAAUGAUCUACAUACCACCAAUCCAUGUGAAAAUUGUUAAGCAGAGGAAAAAAAUUCCACUGAGCAAAAAUGAAGGAGUGUAUAUUCAAGACGCACAUUCAGGAAGGGUUCGCUUGGUGAUGGGCCCCUGUGCUUACAUGCUGACUGCCACGGAGGACCUUUGGCAGAAGGAACUUAGUAAUGAAACAGAAAACCUACUCAGACAUGGUGGUGGCUCUGGAGAGGGUGAUAUCAGGAAGCUUGCUUACUAUGAGCAGUCUAUUGACCCAAUGAACGCUGAGGGACGGGACAAAACGAAGGUUGUCACUUACAGAUGUCCCAGCAAUACAGCUGUGCAGGUUUACGACUACCUGCAGAAGACAGCACGAGUGAUCUUUGGACCCGAUCUCGUUGUUUUGGGGCCUCAUGAAAACUUUAACGUUUUGAGUCUGAGCGCUGGCAAACCAAAGCUGCCCAAUGCACUGAAAUCAUUGUGCCUCAUGCUUGGUCCAGAUUUCAUUACUGACGUUAUUGAGGUGGAGACUUCUGAUCAUGCCAGAUUGCGUAUUCGCCUUGCCUUUAACAACUAUUUUGAUGUGGACAAAACAGACCUGGAGAGUACUCGCAAAAUAUUUUCAGUGCCUGAUUUCAUCGGAUUUGCCUGUCGUCAGAUAGCUAGCCGUAUCCGUGCCUCGGUUGCAUUGAUUACUUUUGACGAGUUCCACCGCCACUCUGCCCAGCUCAUACAAGCAGCAGUGUUUGGGAAGCAGCAGUCUUUGAGAUUUGAUGUGAACAAUCUGGUUAUCAGUGGCAUUGAUGUUCAGAGCAUUGAACCCUCUGAUGCCAAGAUGAGAGACAGUUUGAGCAAAUCAGUGCAGCUUGCUAUUGAAAUUGCUACAAAUUCUAUUGAAGCAGCUGCAUCACAUGAAGCUCAAAGGGAAGAACAGAUUGCCAAAGGGCACCUGGAGAGACAAAUUUUGGUAACGGAGAAAGAGUCUGAGCGAGAAAGGGCAAAAUUGUACGAGCUGAGGGCCUUGGCAUCAGCUGUUGAAUCCACGGGACAGGCCAAGGCUGAGGCUCAAGCCAAGGCUGAGAGAUUCCUCAUCGAGUGCCAGAGUCAGAUUGAUGCUGCCAGACUGAAGGCUGAAGCCUCACAGAUAGAGCAUGAUGCCAAGCUACAGUUUGAGAAUAAGCUGCGGAGGCAAACAUUGGACUAUCAGAAGAAAAUGAACUCUAUCACCAUUGGCAAAGAGAAUGCAUUUGCACAACUUGAGACUAACAAGUUCCGUCAAAUGGUUCAAACCCUUGGGACUGAUACCCUUGUUGCCAUAGCAAAUGCAGGACCUGAAAGUCAGGUGAACUUGCUGAAAGGUCUAGGCCUCGAGAGCGUCUUGCUGACUGAUGGUAACAGCCCGAUCAACCUUCUGAACACUGCUUCUGGCCUGGUUGGGGGGCAGAACCCUCAAGAAUAACUCCCGACGUCUUGCUGUGAUGUUGAACUCUUUAUUUGUUGAGUACAGACUGUGAAUAUAGUCAACUCUUAAUGAUAUAAAUGUCUUGUUGAACUCUUUAUUUGUUGAGUACAGACUGUGAAUAUGAUCAAUUCUUAAUGAUAUAAAUGUCUUGUUGAACUCUUUAUUUGUUGAGUACAGACUGUGAAUAUGAUCUGUUCUUAAUGAUAUAAAUGUUUUGUUGAACUCUUGAUUUGUUGAGCACAGGCUGUGAAUAAGAUCAAAUGUUAUAAAUAUCCUGUUCAAAUCUCUGUUUUUGAAGAUGGAUUGAAUAAGAUCAAAUGACGUACAUGUUUCUUUCAGACUUUUCUUUAAUUGGAAUUGGACUUUAACUUUAGACUAGAUUUUAAGUAUUUUGUAGAACUUUCGAGGUUUGUUGAAUUUUUUGUGCAGUGAGUCACAGACUGAUUCAAAGUCAAUAGUAUAAACAUAAUUGAAAUGAUUGAGUGUACUGUUAUGACCUUCAUUAGAAGGAAAUAGAGGCCAUGAAAAUUGUAGUGGAAUUCAUAUUGCAGGCAAGCUGGUCAACUGGUCUACGCCCAGAAAACGAAAUUUUCCUAGAGAUAAAGUAAAUCUGUUGAAAAAUUGCACCUACAUUGUGUAUCUUUUCUUGCUUUUUUCAACUUUUAGAAAUCAAAUUUGGACAAAUGUUUUUCGGUCACAUGCAAGGUACACAACAGAUUAAGAAUCAGUAAAUAAAAAUUUGUAUCAUAAUUUUAGGCUAACUUUACCUGAACAGCUGGCUAGCGAUAAUGGGGAUUGGACUCCUCUUUUUUACCUCGCUGUGCAUUCAUUAAUCAUUACAAUUAGUUUCCUUUUGAGUGGAUUCCUUUCAAUCAAUUUGUUUUUUGUUUAUUUUUAUUUGGCUAUAUGUUGUGUGUAUGUACUGUUAUUGUUCUGGAGUGCAAUUAUUAGGAUUUAUUUGGCUUUCUUUUUUAUUACAACAAUGAAACAAAAUGAAUUUGUUACAGUUUUUUGUAAUAGUUCUAUUAUGUUUGUAUAAAAUUUGCCAUAAAGGAUAAUUGUUUCGAACAUUUCACAAUAUUUUAGGCCUCCUAAUGCCAAUAUAACAUUUUGAAGUUUUGAUAUUUGAAUAAUUUUUAUUAUAUCUUCCUCUUGCCACAUUGCUGUUAGUUGAUGAACUUUCCCAGCUCUUCAAGGGCUUAGUUCUACUCUGCGAUGGAUCCUAGUCUGUUGAGUUCUUUGUGUAGGAGCAAAUACUGUCCUCAUAAAGUAUGAUAAAGGUCAACUUAGAGUCAGAUCGAAUUCUUACCUUCUCUCUUUCUUUUCUGAAAACAUGUGUCACACUUGGUAAAGUGUUUCAAACUCAUAGCAUUUUUUCUCUUGGGUAGGUAUUUAUUUGUGUGUGUGUGUGUGUGUGUGUGUGUGUGUGUGUGUGUGAGAGAGCAUAUUUGGCAAUAAAGACAUAAAGACA